CCCGCGGCGCGGCUCCAGCCGCCUGUCGUGAGCGCUGCGGGCGCGGAAGAGGAUGGUGACGGCGCCCGCGGGAGGAUGGAGUCAGACUUCCUAGAAGAAUUUCCAGAAACAGAUGAGCCAGUAUGGAUCUUGGGGAAACAACACCACCUUAAAGCAGACAAAUCAAAAUUAUUAUUGGAUAUAAGUGCUCGUCUCUGGUUUACAUAUAGAAGAAAGUUUUCACCUAUUGGAGGUACUGGUCCUUCAUCUGAUGCUGGCUGGGGAUGCAUGCUACGAUGUGGGCAGAUGAUGCUGGCGCAGGCCUUGAUCUGCAGGCAUUUAGGAAGGGAUUGGCAAUGGGAAAAACACAGAAGGCAACCUGAAGAAUAUCAUAAGAUCUUGCAGUGCUUCCUAGACAGAAAAGAUUGCUGUUAUUCCAUCCACCAAAUGGCACAGAUGGGCGUAGGAGAGGGGAAGUCAAUUGGAGAAUGGUUUGGACCAAAUACAGUUGCACAAGUGCUAAAAAAGCUUGCUCUAUUUGAUGAAUGGAAUUCCUUAGCAGUUUAUGUGUCCAUGGAUAACACAGUGGUCAUUGAAGACAUCAAGAAAAUGUGCUGGUCCCCUCCUCAGAGCAGCAGUGCUGCAUAUGGCAGUGUGCACUCACACAGAAGUGCUCUUGGCCGAAACAAGAACACAGCAGGGUUCUGCUCAGGCUGGAAACCCCUCUUGCUUAUUAUACCUCUACGACUGGGGAUAAAUCACAUCAAUCCAAUUUAUAUUGAUGCAUUUAAAGAAUGUUUUAAGAUGCCACAGUCCUUGGGAGCAUUAGGAGGGAAGCCAAAUAAUGCCUAUUAUUUCAUAGGAUUUUUAGAUAACGAGCUGAUCUAUCUGGACCCUCACACCACUCAGAUUUUUGUAGAUUCAGAGGAAAAUGGCAUGGUUGAUGACCAGAGCUUCCAUUGUCAGCAAGCCCCACAUCGAAUGAAGAUCAUGAAUUUGGAUCCCUCUGUAGCUUUAGGCUUCUUUUGUAAAGAAGAGAAGGACUUUGAUAACUGGUGUAGUCUUGUACAAAAGGAGAUUCUAAAGCAGCAGAGUCUGCGGAUGUUUGAGUUAGUCCAGAAGCAUCCACCACAUUGGCCGCCUUUCAUACCUCCAACUAAGCCAGAAGUGACGACAACAGGAGCAGAACUCAUUGAAUCUACUGAUAAACUAUUUGAAUUGGAGGAAGAAUUUGAGAUCCUGAGCGUAUGAAGGAAGCUGUAAUGACUUUUCUGUGUUGAACAUAUUAUACUGACUUAAACAGCCAUUUUAGCCCUAAAGUGCCUGAAAUUAAGGACAGAGCACAAAUCUUAGUAGUACCCACAGCUCGGACAACAAUGGUCUAAGAUGAUCUUCCGCAGAAGGAAAGAGAAGAUAUGGAUCCUGUAGUCUGAUGCAUAGAGAGAAUCUCUUUCCAGUGCGAAUCUUAUUCAAAGAGAAAUGAACCUUUUGAGAUGAAGACAAAAUCAAGGUAUCAGAAUAAUGACUGUGGUAUAUUACUGGGCUCUACCUUUGAAGGCAGGGAUUGUCCCAAUGGGUAUUCUUGCUCUCAUAUUAUAAUGCAAUAGUUUAGCUUUUAAAACAAAACAGUAUUGUGCUAAGGGAGGAUGUUUACUUUUGUUCCCUCCUGUGGGCUGCAUCAUACGAUUAAAUACGCUGUCUUGUUAUAAGAUCAACUGGAUCAGGAGAAGAUUAUUUCCUUGUUAAAUAUUUUAACAUGUAUUUGAGCAACCACACUUUAUUAGAAAAAUGUUUCUGUGAAAGGAACUAUGUCUAAUGUAUACAUUUUGCAAUGGCUUUCCUGUUUCUGAGAAACCUGAAAAAGGAACAGGAGACUCUAUUAGCUGGUAUGGAUCACGAUCACUGCUAUAGUUAGGAGAUAUUUCACCCUGACCUUAAAUCAUUAAAAUGUUAGGUUGAUUUUUUUUUUUAUUUGUUUGUUUCAGAAUUAAAAAGAGUCAAGGGUGGUUUAACAGUAUCUUAUUUAUUUUUAAAUAGAUUUACAUGAGUUUGUGUUACAGCACUUUCUCUGUGCAUCUAAUAAAUUUCUUAAGCUUUUCA